CUUCAUGGCCCCAAGAACAAGGAUACACGCCAGUGUCCUCGCCGUAAGACAUUAUUGAAUCCUCCUGAUAUCCCCAUUUCCGCGUUAUUACGCGCGAGAUCCAUACCCAACCAGCGUUUGGUGAAAGCGCUCGCGCUGAAAGAUGGAUGGUCUAGGCUCGUUGACGUCGCCGAAACCUGCGUGAACAGGUUCCUUCAGGCAGAAAGCCUCGAAUACGCCACCUUUGUGCGUUCGGUCACGCUCAGUGUCGUAUUGGCAGGUCUACUGGGCACAGAUAUUGAAGAUCUUGACCCCGCGGACGUGGCAUUCGUGACCAAAGCCAUCAACGAUCGUUGGGCGCAAUCCAAAUCGAGCACCGCUCUUACUACAGAAGUGCUCGAUCGCAUCAACCAUCACAUCAUUCAGAUGGCAGCAAUUGCGGUGGUAUAUUCUAACCGUAAUUGUCAGCUGCGCGAUGCAUUCAUGUCAUAUAAUGAGAAUCCCACCGACGUUCAGUUCCGCGCCUUUGCAAACGAAGGGACGGGAGCGCAGCCUAGUGUAGAGGCGAUCGUCAGUGAGGUUCUCCGACUCCAUCCCCCGACUCGUCACAUCACUCGCGCCGUAAUCGAUGUGGCUGACGUCGAAGAGGCACAGAAAUCUCUUGUCUUCGGAAGCGAUACUGAAUCCUUCAAUCCUAUGCGGUUCCACGAGAACCAUUCCGCUCCCACAAGGGAUCAGCUGUAUGCCUUUGGGCACGGAAGGCUGAAGUGCGUAGCGGCAAGCUGGGCACCACCAGCUGCAGCUGUCAUUACCGCGAAAAUCAUCGCCAAGUUGGACGGCGUCGCGUUCACGCUGCAGGAAGGACCGCACAUUGGGAAAAGGGAAGGAUGGGAGGGUUGGUCGAUCGAAAGAGUAUAA